AUGUUUCGAAGAAGAGGAUUCCGACAGUCCAAAGCAGCCGAUGACCCAGGAGUAUUCAACCCUGACGAUGCAACGCAGGUCCGACACACCAAAAUCGGUGUUUGGGACUUAUACGAACAAAUAGAGCCCAAAGCUCGUUUCGUACCCAGCAGCCUUCUGCCAACUCUCGAGUCUUACAACUCCAUGCGUGGGAGCAUGCCAUAUGUCUGGCAAAUGUUGAAAGAGAUAGCUUCCAUCCCUUCUUGUCUGUGGCUGCUUACUUGCUAUCUCUUGAUAACAUUCAUAUUAGCCUUUAUCCCUGCCAUAGAACUAUGGUAUUCCGGCCUCUUACUUGAAAUCGUCCAAAACGCUGUCGAACAUCGCACUAUCGAUCACAACGUGCUAUUCAAGGUCGCCUUGAGCCGGCUUAGCUGCAGCAUGGCCACGCGAUUCCUAAACUACACUGCUUCUCGCUUCAAUCGCCCUUUAAACGAACGCAUCAAACAAUACUACUCCGUCCAGUCGUUUGCUGCCCGCGCCCGUUUAGAUGUGCCCACGUAUUCAGACUCCUCGAUUCUGAGACAACUUGACAAUAGUCAGCCCAGUGCGCGAACUAGCCUUGCUUGGAAUAGCGUCGAGGAAAUCCUUCUUAUCUCCUCGACCACCAUCGAAUUGAUUUCACAGUUCUCUGUGCUCAUCACGAUGCUACGCAAACAACGCGACGGGAUUCUUUUAGCUUCUUUAAGCUUUGCACAAGUUUUGUUCCAGCGACAAAUGCGCAAUACGAUGGGGGCAUGGGGAGGGCCACCUGGAGUCUGGGCUGCAACGACUCGAAACGAGGACUAUCUAAGGGCUAUGGGAGUGGCCAAACUGGUGCAUCAGCAGCAUCACAGACAAGAAAUCGUUGCAGGUGGACUAGCUGAUUCUCUCAUUUCCAUUUACCGCGCUAUCUCCCAGCGCCUCGGGGAAGAUGCAACAAACUUUUCCGACGCGUUUCGGCUGCUUCGUCUCCACAAAGGCAUGAGCUGGGCCCAGUUCUUAUCUGACCCCCUUGAAGAGCUUCCCCGCAUCAUUUUCACCCUCCGCGCAGUCCAAUACCCCACUGACAUUCCGCUUUCGCUCGCUUCUCUCAAUUUGAUCACUCAAACGACGAAUCGCUUUUCUCGUACUCUCUUUGAUCUCUUGAGGGAGACAGGCUCCAUCGCACAGCAUCUCGCCAACAUCCGAAAAUUGUACGAGACGUUCAACAUCCCCAAUAUUGUUGAAGACGGUCCGAAGCCAUUUCCAGAGGACCAGCGAAGCCUUGAAAACGGAAUUUCCGUGGAAUUCCGUCAAGUGUGUUUCCGCUAUCCAGGUGGUACACGAGAUGUCCUCCGGAACGUCUCAUUCAAGAUUCGCCAAGGCCAACUUUGUGUUAUUGUUGGCGCCAACGGCUCCGGGAAAAGCACGAUUCUCAAGCUGAUUUCACGGCUGUAUGACCCAGCUUCGGGCGAGAUCCUGCUCAACGGUCAAGAUAUCAGAACCUUCAGGCUCGCUGAUCUGCGAAAAGCAACAUCAGUCUUGUUCCAGGACUACACCCACUUCCCGCUUUCAAUCAAGGACAACAUCGCGCUGGGUGACCCUGCUGCCUUUGCCGAAUUGUCCACUCCUGGCCCCAAGACCGACCAUCUCAAGUCGAGAAUCCAUGAAGCGGCCCAAUUAGGCGGUGCCGAUGGGUUCAUCGAGAAGAUGGACGAGAAAUACGACACCUUUCUCGAACGGCCCAUCGAAGACCUCUACUCCACCCUUCCGUCGGGAACUAAAACCUUGUUCGGAAGAUCAGUCGAAUACCGCGGUCUGCGGUCGGCUGGAAACAUGAAUACUCAUGCGAUGGGUUUGUCCGGCGGUCAGAUGCAGAGGAUCGCACUGUCGAGGACGUUUAUGCGUGAUGACGGGGUCGGACUGUUGUGUUUUGACGAGCCUUCGGCGAGCUUGGACCCGACAGCUGAGCAUGAUCUGUUCGAACGCCUCCGUCGCCUUCGCGGCAACAAGACGAUGAUUUUUUCGAGUCAUCGGUUCGGGAACCUCACAAGACACGCGGAUUUGAUAUUGUACAUGGACGAUGCUAGCAUCUUAGAGGAAGGUACUCACGAUGAGCUUAUCAAGAGGGACGGUGGAUAUGCGAAGAUUUGGAUGCUUCAAGCACAGGCGUUCUUAUAG